AGCUGCGGCGGCGCUCGGGGCGGCGCUGGGCGGUCGGUCACGUAGCUCAGGUUCCCGGGCUUGGGCUGAGUGAGUCGCGUGUUGUCCGGCGCUUUCUGACCCGGGCCCGCCGUUCCUCCGCCAUCAUGCCGAUGUUCGUGGUCAACACCAACGUGCCCCGCGCCUCCGUGCCGGAAGGCCUCCUCUCCGAGCUCACUCAGCAGCUGGCGCAGGCCACCGGCAAGCCGGCCCAGUACAUCGCCGUGCACGUGGUCCCCGACCAGCUCAUGGCCUUCGGCGGCUCCAGCGAGCCGUGCGCGCUCUGCAGCCUGCACAGCAUCGGCAAGAUCGGCGGCCCGCAGAACCGCACCUACAGCAAGCUGCUGUGCGGCCUGCUGGCCGACCGCCUGCGCAUCAGCCAGGACAGGAUCUACAUCAACUACUACGACAUGAACGCGGCCAACGUGGGCUGGAACGGCUCCACCUUCGCCUGAGGCCUGCGGCGGCCUGAUUUUUACUGCUCUGCCUCCCACGGCGCUCUGCGCUCCUUCCACUCCUGCAAGGCCAUGCUCCCGCUCGGGAGAAAUAAACGGUUUUGAGACCA